CUCUCACCCGCGCCGCCCGCAGGCCCCCACUCCCUGCGGUAUUUCCACACCGCCGUGUCCCGGCCCGGCCUCGGGGAGCCCCGCUACAUCGAAGUCGGCUACGUGGACGACGCGCAGUUCGUGCGCUUCGACAGCGACGCCGCGAACCCCAGGAUGGAGCCGCGGGCGCCGUGGGUGGAGCGGGAGCCGCCCGAGUACUGGGAGCGGGAGACUCGGAUCAACAAAGACAGCGCACAGAUUUACCAAGUGUGGCUGCAGACGCUGCUCGGCUACUACAACCAGAGCGCGGACGGUGAGCGACGCCGCCGGGUCGGAGGUCACGACCCCUCCCCGCCUCCCGCUGACCAGCCCGAAGAUUUUCCUUCCCUGCUGGAGUCCGUCCCCGCCCCAUGUCCAGCUGGCUGGAGUGAAGGCCGCCAGCCAGGCAGCUUGGAACCCACAAGGAGCAGCAUUGGCUUGGGGUGUGGACAGCAGCUGGGGGCGGGGCGGGAGGACUACAUCGCCCUGAACGAGGACUUGAGCUCCUGGACCACGGCCGACAUGGCGGCUCAGAUCAGCAGGCGAAAGUGGGAGGAGGCGGGUGUGGCAGAGCGCCAGAGGGCCUACCUGGAGCACACGUGCAUGGAGGGGCUGCGCAGAUACCUGGAGCACGGCAAGGAGACGCUACAGCGCACGGGACCAUGA